AUGGCAUGUGUAUGUCCCGGCAGCUCACCCACUGGAACCCCGACCGCGGACACUUUGGUGCCGGUGGGUGUUUUGAACCGAGCCAGGAGCGGAUGGACAUUUGCCCAAGGGACAAACCGUUCAACAUUAUGGCUAUCCAGGAGCUAUUGGGCGGGGCGUUUCUUCGGAUGGAUCAAGGUGACCCUGAAGGAGCAUUGCCUGAGCUCCAAGUUCAGAGCUGGCCCAGAGGCAGCCGCUUGGAGUGCUGCUCGACGAGACACCACGUUGCAGGAUGCUGCGCGUUCAGACUCCAAUCUGCCUUUCUAG